AUGAUUAUCCCCGAGGUCACCACGGCGCUAAGUGCCAACAUGCAAGUCGCGAGAGCUCUCCCAGCCCACCUGCUCCCCAACGCGGACGCCAUUUUCGCCAUGGAGAGAGAAUUCCCCACGCGCAUCGUCCUUGACCUCUAUACCAACGAAAUCGGCACUUUCUCCACCUGGGGCCGCAAGAACUACACCGACAUCACCGUUACCCCCACCGGCCCGAACGGCACCGUCGUCGAGCAGCCGUCGUCCGCCAUGUGCGGCGAGAACGAGCUCGUCUGCGACAAGGGCCACCAGGCCAUGGCCAGCGUCUGCUCGCACCUCAUCAACGUCCUCAAGAAGGACAAGGCCACCGACAUGGUCCGCGGCACCCCGCAGGACUACUGUCUCGAGAUCGAGACAGCGCGGUGCUGCGUCAGCUGGACUGCGUUUAUUGACAAGCCGACGCCCGUUGGGGAGCUUUUGCCUGCUGCGGAGAUGGUCUAUGAUAACUGCCGUGACAACUUUCGCAGCUACGUCUCUGGCAAGGUGUAUGGUGUUAUUGUGGGCACAUACUGCAUGGACCAGUGCCUUUCUGAACGGCCGGAUGGCUGCUGA